UGGCGACAGAUGUGUGAUGAGCUUCCUCGCAGUCUAGAUAGCCUAGCCCAGGAUAAGGCUAUAAAGAAGGAUAUCAUUGAAGAUGUUCAAAAUUUUCUCAGCAAGGAUAAACUCGGCAUCGCUUAUUGGCGAGGCUACCUCUAUUUUGGCGAGCCAGGGACCGGUAAAACCAGCUGCUGUAAAGCAGUUGCCACGCACUUUGGUCUUCUGAUGUACGUCAUCAAUCUCCCGGCUGUUGAUGAUUACGGCUUACAGGAAUUGUUUCGCACGCUACCGGCAUAUCCAGCUCGCUCUAUGGUUAUAUUGGAAGAUAUAGACGCUGCCGGAAUCGAGAGACGUGAUCAUACUGCGAACGAGGAAGACGAUGGCAGUCAGAAAGGGAUAACACUGACGACUGUCCUCGCUACUUUAGAUGGUAUUGGGAGUCACGCUAGCCAUAUUCUCAUUGUCACUACGAAUGCAAAGGCAAAACUUGACGCAGCUUUAACUCGACCUGGACGAAUAGACCGGCAAUUCGAGUUCGGCAACCCCGAUCCAGCGACCAUAGCAGCCUACUUCUCUUUCUUUUUUGACAAAUGCACCUCCAAGAAUUCUUCGGACAUGACUCUUGACCAACUGGCGGUCGAAUUUUCGGGGGCUGUGUCCUAUUUGGCCUUAUCACCAGCAAAAUUGCAGGAGUACUUUAUGCGGUGCAAAGACCCAGCAAUAGCAAUCAAAAACGUGGCAACACUGGCAUAUACUGUCUAG